GAGGACUGGCCAGAGCUGCUGGAGCCACUUGCUGACCAAGGCACCGAGGAGUCCCUGGGCCUGCCACUGGCCUUCUACCCUGAGGAGAUGGAGGACCCCCAUGGAUCCAGGUACACCCCAAGGGGAGGGGAGCAAGUGGCUCAGGGGCAGCUGACCCCAGUCUGGCCGGGUUUCUGGGGUGGCAAUCUCCCCUCUCAUGGCAAUCUUGUGGUCGGAUGUUCUGUCCAAAACCUCCCAGAAGCUGGUGUCAUUUCAAGUUUCUGUGGUUGGCUGAUGUCAUUAUCCCCCCUUACAUUCUUCCAGUUCCCCAAAAUUUAUCCAUUACCUACGUUUAUCUAUGCCAAAGGCCUCAAGCCUCAUGCUAGCUGCUGAAGCCAAUGGCUUACAGGAGCCAAGCCUGUCUAUAUACUGCUGGAUAUAAUCAAGCAGAAUAUAAUGCAAAGCCGAGGUAAGCUGGACCUCUGGGCUACAACAGUCAUGACCAAGGAGUGAGGUGUGUGGAGGGCUCCAAAGCCGGGAGGGUGGGACAGGUUCUGGCACCCAGGGAGCUCAGGUUUCAGGAAGCAGAGGGUUCAUGAUUUGCCAUGGGUGUGGCAGGGUGGUGCGGUGGCAAGCCAUCUGUCGAGCAGGAAAUCCUCUAGGGGGUGGCCAAGGGGAGGAGCCCCAAGGGAGGCUGUAUAUAUGGGGCUGGGGCUCCAGGGCUGGAGCAGUGUGGACGGGACAAUGGCUUCACCCGCAGCCACAUGUGUCCUGGCCUGGGCCCUGGCACUGCUCUGCGAGGGGACCCAAGGUGCAGACCCUGCCCCUUGCGUCUUCCCCUUCACCUACAAGGGCAAGGUCUACACGGCCUGCACAACCGAGGACAGUGACCGGCCCUGGUGCGCCACCACCGCCAACUAUGACCGGGACAAGGCCUACAGGGUCUGCUCCGAGGCGGCCUAUGGGGGGAACUCGGAAGGCCAGCCCUGCUUCUUCCCCUUCGUGUACAAGGGCCGCACCUUCCACACCUGCAUCACGAAGCAGUGCCACAGGGUUCAGCCCUGGUGCGCCACCACGGCAAACUACGACAUGGAUCAGCGCUGGAGCUACUGUCCCGACACAAUGCUUGGCGGGAACUCGGAGGAGCCCUGUACGUUCCCAUUCAGCUACAAAGGCAGGAGUUACACGGCUUGUACCAUGGAUGACAGCAAGCGGCCCUGGUGUGCCACCGCUAGCAACUAUGAAGCAGACCAUAAAUGGAGGUACUGCGGCACGGCAGCGGCAGGGGGAAAAUCAGACAGCUCCCCUUGCGUCUUCCCUUUCAUCUAUAGGGGCAAGACCUACCACAGCUGUACGGCAGUCGAUGACCAGAUGGGACGGCCCUGGUGUGCUACCACUUCCAACUACGACAAAGACCAUCUCUGGCGCUUCUGCUUGAGCAAGGCCUAUGGGGGGAACUCGAAUGGCCAGCGCUGCAUAUUUCCUUUUGUCUACAAAUCCCAGCUAUAUCACAGCUGCACCAACGCUGGAGACAAGAUGGGAAAUUUCUGGUGUGCUACAACCAAGAACUACAAUGAGGAUAAGCUGUGGAGCUACUGUCCAGAUAUCAUCCUGGGUGGGAAUGCAGUAGGAAAGAGCUGUGCAUUCCCCUUCGUCUAUAAGAAGAAAGUGUACCACACCUGCACCAGCGACGGGGCGAGCUCAGGAAAACUGUGGUGCAGCACCACCAGGAAUUAUGACGUGGACAAGAAGUGGACUUACUGCUCCACGCCAGACUUUGACAAGCCCUGUGUCUUCCCCUUCAUCUACAAGAAUUUUAAAUUCCUCACCUGCACCAACCUGGCAGAGGCCAAGGGGAAGUUCUGGUGUUCCACCACAGACAACUAUGACCGGGAUCAUCAGUGGAGCUUCUGCCCUACCUGAGACAGGUGACAGCUCCAGAUCUGGGAGGAGACAGAACGAUGACAUUAGAAAUUAAAUGAAAGGAAUGAGCCCCGCUCUGGACACCUCUGCUCUCCCAACAGAGAUCGCUUCUGAUCAACAGAUGCCAGUGGCAUAAUCACCCUUGAAUCCAAAUCCAAAUGUGCUCAUUUCUCUAGUUGAUUUUAGUAAAUUCAAAUAAAGCAUCUUCUGAAA